UCCUCCACCUCCACUUUGAUUGAGCAAAUGAGCAAUGGUGUAGUUUAAUUUAUAAAUAAAAUCUAUUUCCGCUAAUUAGAUUUGCUCGACACGUCCAUCAUUUACUCUCGUAACGCGCCAGCUUUCACCAAAGACUUAAUUCGAAAUUCAAAAUGACGCUCGAAGGGAACAAGGAUGAGGCUGAGAAAUGUAUCGAUAUCGCGCAGGCAGCUUUUUCUGCCGGGAAUACGGAGAAGGCUGAGAGGUUUUUGUUGAAAGCUGAGCGCUUGUAUCCCACGGCGCGUGCUAAGGAGUUGUUGACGCGGGUGCGGGCCGCGGGGAGCUCGGGAGGUCGCAAGACUCCGCCGCGAAGGGAGCCUGCUGAAGAAGUGAAGAGACGUAAGGUCCCUACGCACCAGGCGCCGCAGCGCGAGUACACGACUGAACAGCUGGAGGCCGUGCGCCGGAUUAAUACGAAAUGCAAGGAUUAUUACGAAAUUUUGGGUGUGACAAAAGAGGCCACUGAUUCGGACAUCAAAAAGGCGUACAAGAAGCUGGCGCUUCAGCUGCACCCCGACAAGAACCAUGCGCCCGGAGCCAGCGAGGCCUUCAAGGCCAUCGGCAACGCGGCGGCGGUGCUCACGGAGCCCGAGAAGCGCAAGCAGUACGACGUGCGCGGCGAGGAGCCUCCGGCGCACGCCGCGCAACACCAGUACUACGCGCGCGGGUUCGAAUCCGACCUCACUGCUGAGGAACUCUUCAAUAUGUUCUUUGGCAAUGCGGCGUUUCCGGGCGCGGGCGCGGGUGCGGGCGGCGGCGUGUACCAGCGGCGGCGCGCACGCUCGCCCGAGCAGCGCGAGCACGCCGGCCUGCUGCAGCUGCUGCCCGUGCUCGUGCUAGUGCUGCUCUCCAUGAUGAGCGGCUUCUUCAUCAGCGAGCCCGUCUACUCGCUGCAGCCCAGCUCCAAGUACCCCGUGCCGAGGGAGACUGUCAGCCUUAAGGUGCCGUACUACGUGAAGGACAAUUUCCAUACCGACUACCAAGGCUCACUCAGACGACUGGAAAUGGCUAUAGAAGAAGAAUACAUAGUGGGCCUGCGCCACGCGUGCCAGCGCGAGCGCAACUACCGCGACAGCAUGGCGUGGAAGGCGCGCAACUUCGGCGACUCGCGCCAGUACGCGGAGGCACAGAAACUGCGCACGCCAUCUUGUGAAAAACUUCAACAGUUCCACCGAUAGAUGGCGCCGUUAUCACUUCGUUUUAUUUUACUCAGACGCCGGUAGAUAGCGCGGUUAUCAACUUUUUUUAUUUAACACAGACGCCGAUAGAUGGCGCGGUUAUUAAUCUUCAAGAUGUAUUUAUUUUAUUUCACAUCUUAGGGAUCAUCCAUUAAUGGCAUGGAGACUAUAUAAAGGAGCCAAAUCUCUAUGUAUGAAAAGUGUCCAUCAAAAAACAGUAAUUAGGCGGCGUUACCAUACACCGAAAUACUAACAAAAACAACCUACAUAAUUUGGUCGGGUUAUUUGUUGCCUUAUAUGGUUCAUGUUAUACUCAUGUCCCAGAGCCUAACUAGCGCCACCGGAGAGAUUAGGAACUAUUAUUUAAAGCUGAAAGCGGUCACUUUUGCAACAAUUCUGCCAUAAGAGAUUGGCAUCCUUUCUAUACCAUCCAUAAUUAAUGGGGUUGGCAACUGUCAAAGGUUUGCAGAGAUGGCGCCAUCAUAGCUUGCCCGUUUUUCUAUAAGAUUUGGCUUAAAGGGCGCAUUAAAAAAACAAAAAUUUGACAAUUCUAGGGAUUGACAGGGCAAGCUAUGCUGGCGCCAUCUGCUAAACACUUCGACCGGUCAACCCCAUUACUUCACACGUUUAGGGGGUCAAGAAAAUGUGACAUGUCGUGACAAGGGGAGGGGGAGUUACAAACUUCGUGACGUCACAUUAACUUAUUUAAAUUAUUCGCUGUACAGUUAAAUAACAAGUUUUUGGAACGAUACUCGUUUUUAAUCGUUUAAUUUCUUUCCUAAUCUGUUUUGGGUUAUAAAAAUACUAAUAUUUCCUUUGUCAAAAAUAUUUUAAUAAAAUAUUAACAAUACUUAAUUCGAUUUACCGAUUUCAUUGAAAAAAUG